AUAGACAAAAUGGAGCACGUCUUACUGCUACUCAUGUUUUCCAUACCUAUGUUGGGUCUUGCUAAUGGAACAGAAACGGAACAAGAUUUUACUUGGCACUUAAAGAAAGUACCCCAGAUUGUGAGCAAAAGAACUUUCUCCCUUGACAGCCCUACAUUUGAAGCAAAAACCAAAUUAGAGCUGAACAGUGUAUGUGGAAUUGAAUGUCAAAGCAAAUUGCCAGUGCCAAGCUUGUCUGACUUGAAGGACAUCCUGUCCUAUGAGACUGUUUUUGAAAACGGCACACGGACCCUGACCGAAGUGAAUGUCCUUGGACUAAUGCUUGAUCCAGCUGAAAACGUGACUACACGAAUGUCUGCAAGAAAGAAGAGGCAGAUAUAUGGAACAGACAGUAGGUUCAGCAUCUAUGACAAGCGGUUUAUGACCAACUACCCAUUCAACACAGCUGUGAAGAUCUCCACCGGCUGUAGCGGCAUUCUCAUUUCCCCUAAGCACGUGCUAACAGCUGCUCACUGUCUGCAUGAUGGCAAGGAUUAUGUUAAAGGCAGCAAAAAACUGAGGGUGGGAUUGAUGAAGACAAAAUCCAAAGGUAAUGGCAGGAAACGCAAAAGUGCUAAAAGAAGUAGGAGAGAAGCUUCUGAGACCCUAGAUGAUCCUGAAGUUGCCACAGAACUGAGGCGGCGCUCCAGAGGUGGUGGGAGAAAGCAGAGGAGAUUGGGGAGGAAGCAGGGUACCUCAGAUGGAGUGCCCGCCUUCCAGUGGACCAGGGUGAAGAGUACCCACAUCCCAAGAGGCUGGUUUAAGGGUGUCUCUGGGGAUAUUGCCCUGGAUUAUGAUUAUGCUGUUCUUGAGCUGAAGCGUCCCCACAAAAGGAAAUACAUGGAGCUGGGAAUCAGCCCAACAAUCAAAAUGAUGCCUGGGAGCAUGAUCCACUUCUCAGGUUUUGACAAUGAUCGCUCUGGGCAGCUGGUCUAUCGGUUUUGUAGCAUUUCUGAUGAGUCCAAUGAUCUCUUUUAUCAGUAUUGUGAUGCUGAGCCUGGCUCCACUGGAUCUGGAGUCUACCUCCGUCUUAAGGAGCCAAACAAAAAGAAGUGGAAACGCAAGAUCAUUGCUGUUUAUUCAGGCCAUCAGUGGGUGGAUGUCAAUGGUGAACAGCAGGAUUAUAAUGUAGCAGUAAGAAUUACUCCUCUCAAAUAUGCUCAGAUUUGCUUCUGGGUACAUGGGAACGAUGAGAAUUGCACACAAGGCUGAAGAGAGCUGAAGCGAACUCCCUGAGUGCCCAUAUUAUGAUAGAGUGAAAAUGUGCUGCAGCAGUUAUUGAGAGAACAUCAUUGCAUGUCAGGCUAUUUUUGAACUCAAAGCCCGCAAGUAGUAUUUUGAUGACUUGAGUAAUGUUGAAUCUUUGGGGGAUGGGUAGAAUUUUCAAACGAAUUAUUUUUAAUUCUAAUCAACCCUAGAUAUGCACUUAAAAUCCCAAACUGUAUUUAUGUUCACCGAUGUGAUAAAUUGUAAUAAUUCACAUUAGAAAAAGAUGACUACCCCAUCAUUUUUUUCCAACGGAAGAAUUGAAACUUCUCAAACUGAUAUUAUUAAACAAUUAUUAAGCAACACAUUUUUCCAGUGGAUUUGAUUUUUCUCAGGGGUCUGUUCCAAUUCUUCAUAUGCAAGCUGUGCAUACAUCACUUCACUGUAUGUGCAGAAUGAUCCAGAGAACUGGAUUAGAGCAACAAAUGCCAACAAAUUACGUUGGCAUUCGCUAAAGACCACGUCUCCAUGUUGAGAUACAGCAAUCUAGUUCACGCUUGUUACUUUGGAAGGCUUCCUCAUCUCAUUGCUGUGGGAACGCCUCCAUGAAAAUCCCAAAUUUCUGUAGCUGACAACUAGACAUAGAAAACAAACUUUACUUCAUUGCUCACCAAAAUGGUGAAGAGGCGUGUUAAUGAACAUACAAGCUUCCAUGUUUGGAAGAAGGAGAAACAUCAGAAUACAAUCUAAUGCCUUUAAAUCUUGUUUGAGAAGCUACAAAAAUCUUGGGAAUGUUAAACAUAUGCAUUUGCUUCCUAAUUAAUAUUUGGAGAUCUGUAGGUUUAGUUUCUAGUCAAACGUUUAACUUUACUAUUGGGUAAAGUCACUGACUUUUGAAGUGGCCAUUUGACAAUCAUUUUGAGCUUCACAUCAAAGCCACAGAUGCUAGAUUUUUGGGUGCUAACCAUUUUUGCAGGUUUUUAUAAGUACUUUUUAUAAGAAUUCAGCUUCUCAGAUAGAGACUAUCUGUCUAUUAGACUGAGAGUUAGAAAGCAAUAUUUUGGGUUAUCUGUAUACAGUUUAACAAAGAGGGUACUUUUAAUCGUAUCAGACUCCACCAACAGGAGUUGCAGGGAUAAACUAAAAAAUUCUCCCAACUAAAUUAUAUUAUACCACCUUCUGAAUGGUAGACUACUAUCCUGUAAAUUAUAACCUAUCUUGUUAAGUAGGAGCAGUAGAUACAAAUAACUUGGUUCGGUACUUCUGCUGAACUACGCUUAUUGGAAAGAAAGUGAGCUUGACUUUUACACGUUUUUAUACAUGCAUCAGCUUUUUUAAAUUGUUUGUUCUUGAUUGCUACACAAGUUUUUAUAUCUUGUAUUUUAUAUCAAGAUUUUGAAGCACACAAGACUGUUACGGUGCUAUGUUAAUCUAAUAACAUAAAAUGAUACUGUGUAUUUCAGAUCGUAUGCAUUGGGUUUCAUUACUGUUAAGGUUAUUCACCAUUCCAAUAUUUAAUUUUUUGAUCAUAAGUUUAUACUGAUUGAAAUCCAUUUUCUUCAUGUGCAGAAGAAAAAAUAUAACAUAUUUUAAAAUAUUAUUGGUUUGUUGGUAUCUUUGAAAUAUGCUUGUAAUAUAUUUUGAUGAUUUGGUCAUUUUUAAUAACCAAUUAUUCUGUAGCUGAUUUAAGGUAUAAAACCUGGCUCUUUUAAUGUGCAGGUGACUUUUUUGUCAUUGUAUUGCCAAAGCAUAAAAAUUUAAGACGUGUUUCCAUACUAUAACUCUUGUAGUAGUUCACUAAUUGGAAGAGUUCUCACUUUAAAAGAAAAAAAAAAUUAUUUUAACUUCAGCAUUUUCAGGCUUGUAGUUUUUACUUGUGUAAUUGUUUGCAGAAAACUAACCGUAAUUUUUAAAGUUUAGAUAUUAAUGUCUAAAAUAGAUUUCAAGGUUAAUUAAUUUUUUUGUUGUUAACAUUCUGUUAAGACAUAUGACUUCACUGACAAUUUUACAUCACCUCAGUCGAGUAUGUAAUACUCUUGCUCUAUGCAAUAGGCCUACAAUAUUCUUUAGCAUGCUCUGUGAUAUUUUUCUUAAGUGCCUUUUUCCGUACUUACUUUAACAAAUAAGGUACCACAUUCUUAAUCCGUAUAGGUCAGCUUAGGUCUGUGGAUUUUUCAUGCAGUUACUCUCGUGGCUGGGCUGGGUCCAAAACUGAUCC